AUGUGCAAUGCUGACAGACGCAUAGGGGGCGCCUAUCACUACGCUUGCUUCUUGAUCCCGGAUCAAUACCGUCGGCAGGUUGCUUACCCGCUAGGCUGGCUGAACUAUCUCGGUUGGAUCUUCACUCAUGCAGGUUGUUGUGCUAUUGUUGCGACGUUGAUCUUGGGCCUGGUCCAUCUUUGCCGCCCGGAGUUCGAUGUCACGUCCAGAUGGAAACUAUUUCUGGUAUACCUGGCAGUUGACGCCUUGUGCUGGCUUUGCAAUCUCUGGGGCGUCAAGGGUAUUCCCACACUGGAGCUGGUAGGAUGCUAUGCGACUGCACUUGGAUUUGUGGCAUAUACCGUCACCCUUCUAGUCAAGGCACCGAAGGCUGACCCAAGCUUUGUCUUCGUGGACAUUCAGAACGACACCGGAUACAGCUCAAAUAGCUUCGCCGUCCUCUUAGGCCUGUUUACUAGCUUUUCAACCUUGAUGGGACUCGACGGACCUGCUCAUCUCGCCGAGGAGCUUUCUCAUCCUAAAAAGUCGUUACCCCGGAUUAUGUUGAUAGUUAUUCUCUCUCAGUUUGUGGUUGGGGUCGUCUGGAUUAUCGUGCUGGGUUUCUCGAUUACAGAUUUCGCAGCAAUCACAAGCACCGCAACAGGAGUCCCUGUACUGGAGCUUAUCAGGCGCGCGACGGGGAGCAACGCCGCGGCGAUUGUGUUCUGUUUGAUUCUCAUUAUCAACAAUGGCGCCUCGGCCCUCGGAAGUGCAGUCACGAUGAGUAGACAAGGCUACGCGUUCGCACGCGACGGCGGUCUGUUAUGGAACUCCAAGCUCAUUGAGCUGUCUCCCGGCUCUCAUAUGCCCUUUUGGUCUGUCAAUUUACCUUCGUUCCUGGUUGCUGCUGUGGGAUUGAUUUAUCUCUUCUCCGAUGCCGCUUUUAAUGCUAUCAUUGGCUCGCAAGCUACGUGCAUGAUAAUCAGCUUUGGGUUUCCCAGCUUAGUACUCCUUGUUACACGCGGCCGCCUACUGCCGGAAAAUGACCGGUGGAACUUUGGUAUAUGGAGCAUACCCAUCUACGGAAUCGCGGCUGGGUAUUCCAUCCUAGUGGUGAUUGUUUCUUUUAUCCCGCAGUCUCAUCCAGUGACUGCAGUGAAUAUGAACUACACGGUGUUGGUCAUGGGAUGCUUUGUGAUCGCCAUGGGAUUGGGGUGGAUCUUCGAAGGAUGGAAGUUCUUCUCUCCACCCGUUAACGACGAGGCUGUUGUCGCAGCAUCUGGCGCCCUAGAUGGACUUGAUGUUGAAGAAGAGGUAGUGGUUGAGAGGGUUACCAAGGGCCAAGACAAAUAG